GUGUUGCCUUUGGCACAGGGAAGAGUUUGGAAAGUUGCAGACUUUCCUCUUUUGAUGGAUGAAUCUGCUGUUUCAAUUCUCCCCGGGACGAAAUCACGUAACCGUUUCGCACGGACUUUUCGGGGGACUCUGGGACCACCACAAUGGGAGGAGAGAGGCUCAGCCCCUUUCAAGGCAGCUAUAAAGCCAGGGCAUGCACCCUUCCAAAUCACCAGAGCAGAGCUGAGAGAGGGAUCUUAGAGAAGGUUAACACAGGACGGGACUGAAAUUACUAGGCAAAGACACAGGCAAAAAAAAAGCGCUCUCUGGUACAGAGUCUCAAGGAUCAACCUGACAAAGCAAUUUGAAGAAACUCAUUCGCUCAAGCAAAAACUAUAGGAACUCAGGAUGAGACUAUGAGACCCUGGAAACUGCGGAGGGAUCUAUAGGCUGAGAGGAGAUUUACUGGGUGUCCAAGCUCAAUAAGGAGCCAUCUCCCGGGGAGCGCACAAGGGAGGUUCCUAGACGGUUCAGGUGCUGAACUAGUGACUGGCUGGACUGAAGAGAUUUCCCCCCAGAUAGUUUGGGGUCACGAGAGGCUCCCUAGACUUUUCCCCAGGCCGGGACCCAGAGUCUGGGCGGGAUCAGCGCUAUGGUCACGGGAGGGGAGAGCAGCGGCGGCAGCCCUGGGGAGCCAGCCCCCUGGCUCAAGGACACGGUCCGGCCCGCCCUGCUCCUCGCCAGCGCCUUCUUCCUCUGCCUGUGGGCGAGGAGGCGCCUGAGGCCGCAGAGCGGGAGCCCGCCGGGUCCCUUCCCCUGGCCCCUGGUGGGUAACGUCCUGCAGCUGGGCCGCCUGCCCCACCUCACCUUCUGCAAGAUGGCCCAGCGGUACGGCGACGUCUUCCAGCUGCGGCUGGGCCGGCGGGCCGUGGUGGUGCUCAACGGCGAGGCCGCCAUCCGCCAAGCCCUGGUGCGGCAGGGCGGCCAGUUCGCCGGCCGGCCCGACUUCCCCUCCUUCCGCCUGGUGUCCGGCGGCCGGAGCAUUGCCUUCGGCCGCUACAGCGAGCAGUGGCGAGCCCACCGCCGCCUGGCCCACGCCAGCCUGCGGGCUUUCUCCACGGCCAGCGGCCGCAGCCGGCAGCUCUUCGAGCAGCACGUGGCGGCAGAAGCGCGGGAACUGAUCCGGGGCUUCCUGCGGCGGGGCGCCGGCGGCGCCUACUUCGACCCGUGCCCGCUGUUCACGGUGGCCAACGCCAACGUGAUCUGCGCCCUGUGCUUCGGCCAGCGCUACAGCCACGACGACGGCGAGUUCCGGGCGCUGCUGGGCCGCAACGACAAGUUCGGGCAGACGGUGGGCGCGGGCAGCCUGGUGGACGUGCUGCCCUGGCUCCAGGCCUUCCCCAACCCGGUGCGCCGCGUCUUCCGCGACUUCCAGGCGCUCAACCAGGAGCUGCACGACUUCGUUAGGGCCAAGGUCGCCCAGCACCGGGGCACCUACGACCCGCGACUCACCCGGGACAUCAGCGACGCCGUCAUCGGCAAGAUCGAGCAGGGCGGCGGCGGGGCGCAGGAGGGGCUCAGCCGGGACUACGUGGAGGGCACCAUGACCGACAUCUUCGGGGCCGGCCAGGACACCACCUCCACCGCCCUGUGCUGGGUCCUGCUGCUGCUGCUCAAGCACCCGCACCUCCAGCGCCAGCUGCAGGCUGACUUGGACCGCGUGGUGGGCCGGGACCGGCUGCCCACGGCCGAGGACCGCGGCUGCCUGCCCUACCUGGAAGCCUUCAUCUACGAGACGCUCCGCUUCAGCAGCUUCGUGCCGGUUACCAUCCCGCACGCCACCACCGCCGACGUGGUACUCCAGGGCUUCCGCAUCCCCAAGGACACGGUGGUCUUCGUCAACCAGUGGUCGGUCAAUCACGACCGGCACAAGUGGAAGGACCCCCACCUCUUCAACCCGGCCAGGUUUCUGGACGGAGAGCAGAAGCUGGACAAGGACCUGACCUGCAGCGUCAUGAUCUUCUCCAUCGGCAAGAGAAGGUGCAUCGGCGACCAGCUCUCCAAGCUGCAGAUCUUCCUCUUCACCGCCAUCCUCUUGCACCAGUGCACCUUCGAGGCCAACCCGGCCGAGCGGCUCACCAUGGACUGCAUCCACGGGCUGGCCCUCAAACCUCUGCCCUUCACCGUCUCGGUGAAAAUGAGAGACACCCCUCAGAGCUGCCGGGCUGGGGAUGCCCAGUGAAGAACCACCCUACUCCGAGCCCUCUGGGAGCACCCUGCUUGCUGCGCUGGGCAUGCCAGCUCGCCCUGCCUACACUCAAGAACAACAAGGAGUCUGGUGGCACCUUAAAGACUAUCAGAUUUAUUUGGGCAUAAGCUUUCGUGAGUAAAAACCUCACUUCUUCGAGCAGAUCUCUCCCAAUGGGAACGCUCUCUGUAUAGCUUUAGGUAAGAUCAUUGCUUGUAUGAGGGGUUUUCUCCCCCGCGCAGUUACUCCCUUUCCCAGGAAAGUCAGAAGCCCUUCGCGGUGAAUUUUUGUUACCAUUUUUGUUACCUCCCCUUUGAAAGCCUCCAGCCGGUAAGGAGGGAACAGAAAGCCCCCUUCUGCCCGCUGCUCCCCACCAGCCUUCUUGCUCAGUAGUCUUCUGUCUGCUCCGUGUUAGGUCAGCUCUGACUCCGAUGCAGUUCCAUUCCAUUUCCGAUUGGUAGUGACAGCAUGUGGAGCCAGAGGCGAUCUUAAAACAGCACCUACUGCCAAGUGAGCUGUAGUUACCUUGAUGAUGCCUUUUUGCAGGUCCGGAGUCUCAGCGAUUUUCGCUUUCUAGAGAUCAGACGUUUCCGAUCUCUGGCUGCACAGGGGAAGUCCUUCAACCUGGCUUCUGUAUGUGGCAGAGGUUUGAGCAGCAAGCUUAGCCUGAAGGCAAGAAGGAUUGAGAAAAGAAGUGCUGUCUCUGCUAACUUCCCUGAAUUAUUGUUGACAUAAAAGGGUCGGCGUAUUCGCACUGCCCCUUAUUAAAACUUCAGAGCCUUACAACAGCUCAUAGCAAGAAGUGAAGGGAUCUAGAUUAAUAAUGAUUUAUUCCGCGUAAAGCAGACCAUGGGAGUGUAAACCACCUGUUAAAUGUACACUAACCCCGCUAGAACUGCAUAAACAAACCUACUAGUAGGCAGUCGGGUACUCACCUGCCCUAAUUAUUUGCAUUCCGAUUCAGACAAUGAGGUAUAAUUUUCCCUUCCCCGGAGUCUAAAUUUUAAUUCGACCGGGUAUUAAAUGGUUAAUACGAUUUACCGGGAGCCUUGCAAGAAGUUGUGUUCAGGAGUUGACACUGUGACAUUAACUUUGGCACGAGAUCAGCAUCUCCAUUAUGCAUAUAAACAGCCCAAGCACAAGCUUGGGUUGCCUUCAGAUUGCAGCCUCUCCGUACAAAGAGUGUCUUGAUUGUUUCCUGCGGGGCGGACAAAGUAAAUUUGGCAGAGCCUGUCGGGGUUUUAAACGCUUCACUAACGAAUGCAAGGAGGUGAAAGUCAUCCUUGUUGAACGCCGCAGCAGACUGCCAGGUUUUGCCUUCCGCUGAGUCAAUCCUUGGGGAACAAGUGUGUGUCUAGCUUGUCCUGAGUUACUCUCUGAGCAGGAGAAUUCAAGCUGAGUAGCACUUCCUUCCCGGCAGUUUUCCCCUCUGCCUGGCAAACCCAGAGCUUGGAGAGCCUUUAGCUUAUCUAGAUAGCGCUGCAUACUCGCUGAUAUUUUACACUCUCUCCCCCUACGAUUAAGCUUUGGACACAAAUACAUUUGUCUAUGGUGCUUCUCUGAGUUAUUCUUUUGUAAUAUGAAUGAUUUCCAUUUUAAUUCAUGGAAUAACAAUGUGACUGUCCUUUCUCAAUAAAAUAUCUUUGGCACAAA